GGAAGUGAGCUCAGGGCUGGGGCUUAAGGGCGGCCUGGGCGCCGCGGGCGGCGGAGGAGCCGCGGGAGCGCUGCCGCCAUGGGCCGCGGGGCGCUCUGGCUCCCGCUGGGGCUGGCCUGCUGCCUGCUGCUGCUGCUCCUGCAGGGCUCGGGGGGCCUGGGCAACAGAGGCGCCGCACCGACACGGGCGCCCUGGGAAGAGGAGCGGGACCCCGUGGCGGAGGUGGGACCGUGGCGCAGGGCGAAGUACGAGGCCGUGAAGAAGCACUUGGUAGCUGUGGGUGCUCUCUCCAAGCAGUACUGGCACUACCUGGCGUGUAAGGUGUGGCAAGAGGGCUGCAAAGAGGAGGAGGAGGAGGAGGAGGAAGAACGAGAGUCCAGUCGCAGCCCAGGCUGGAGCAUGCCUCUGGUGGGCCAGGAUUACCUGGAGAUCCUCUCUGCCUGGUACUGCAGCUUUGGCAAGUGCUGCGAGACAGGAGACUGCAGGAUAGUCAACAAUGUCACAGGGCUAGAAGCAGACCUCAAUAGGCAGCUCCACGGGCAGCAUUUGGCCAAAGAAAUUGUCCUGCAGGCAGUGCAAAGGUUCCUGCAGAGCCCACGGCCAGAGAGGGCUCUGGUCCUCUCCUUCCACGGCUGGUCUGGCACGGGCAAGAACUUCGUGGCUCGGAUGGUGGCCAGCCACCUGUUCCGCGACGGGCUGAGGAGCGAGUGUGUCAGGGUCUUCAUCUCCCUCUUCCACUUCCCUCACCAGAACUAUGUGGACUCCUAUAAGGCUCAGCUGAAGAAGCAGAUAAGUGAGACUGUGCAGCUCUGCAAGCAGUCCCUGUUCAUCUUUGAUGAGGCAGAGAAACUUCAUUUUGGCCUCCUGGAUGCCAUCAAGCCCUUCAUGGCUCGCCAUGACAACAAGGGCCAGGUGGAUUACCAGAGAUCCAUCUUCAUCUUCCUCAGCAAUCUUGGUGGCAAUGCCAUCAAUGAGGUGGCCCUGGACUUCUGGAGAGCUGGCCGGGCACGGGAGGAGAUCACCAUGGAGUUCCUGGAGCCACGGCUGAAGCUGGAGCUGCAGGAACCUGAAGAGAACGGUUAUGCUCGCAGCCACCUCCUGGAGGAGAACCUCAUUGACUUCUUCGUGCCCUUCCUGCCCCUGGAGUACCACCACAUAAAGCUCUGCACGCAGGAUGCGUUCCUGGCCCGUGGACUUCCGUACAGCGAGGCAGCCCUGGACGAGGUGGCCAGGAUGAUGGUGUACGUCCCCAGGGAGGAGAAGCUCUUCUCUGCCCAGGGCUGCAAGUCUGUAGCCCAGCGCAUCAACUACUUCCUUCCGUGAACGCCAGGUGGGACACCGCCGGCAGUGAAGGUGGUUCUGCACACUUAGGAGCUGCUCUCCUGGCAGCAGGUUGGGCAGGCAGGUUACCCAGCCCUGUGCUUGCCCAGGGACAGAGACUGAACCCUGUGUUCCCCCCAGGGCUGUUUAGAGGGAAGAGGUGCCCCCAGCCUGGCUUUGCUGCUGGGACACAGGGACAGUCUGCACUUGGCCAUGCUUGGAGCCUGCCCGGUGGCUUUUGAGUCCCUUCUUUUAGCAGGUAGCAGCUGGAAGUAGUGGUUGGGUUGCACCAAUGGGACUGCAUGUGACAGGAGUGAGGAUGUCCAAGCCCUUGGUUUGUUCAUAUGUAGUGAAGGUCUUGGGCAGAUGGGUCCUGUGGAGACAGGCCAGCAGAAGCUACAUCCUCCUCAUCUUCAUCCCUGUCCCUGUUUUCUCAGAACUUUGCUGAAAUUGUUUUUUCCUCUCUGUUGCUCUCCUGCAUUCCCAAAGCAUCUGCUGCUUGGGGCUGUGCACAUGAGGGCCAUGGGCCUUGCACACAAGUGACUCAUCUCUUCUGGAGAUGUCAGAUCUAUAGCCCCCCACUCUCUUUGGGGAGUGUCCCUCAUUGUUAGGAAACAGCUGCAGUGAUGAAGUCAACUUCUGCUGAAACUUUUUUUUAGGAGUGUGGUUAAGCAUCACAGGAGGGCUUGGGUUGGAAAGGACCUUGAGUAUCAUCCAGCUCCACCCCCCCGCCUCCCUCCUCGUUUGGUGAAGAGCUUGUUUGCUUCACUGCAGAAUGGAAAAGGGGAGACUAAUUCCCCUUUCAAGGGCGAAGGGCAGCUGGGGGAGGUGGUGGCUGAAGGAAGAGGCUGCAUCUGAAUUUGGGUGUCCUGGGGUGCAGCACACUCGAGGGAUUUUUCCCUUCUUUUCCAUAUGUCUUGUGCUGGGUUAUGUUUUUUGCCUGGUCUCAGCACUACUACAGCCAAGGGGCUGUUUGCUGUCUGGGUACUCACUUGCCAAGUGAUAAAGUUAUGUUACAGCAGGACCAAAAAAUUUCAACAGUGUUACAGGAACGAGUUUGUGACCUGUAGGUCAAAACUCCCUUCCAACGCAGCUGGCCUGGGGGGUUAGGGUGACACAGCACAUGCCAAGGACAGAGCCUAGCUGCCUGGACACCCCCUGCGUGGACCUUUGAUCUAUUUUAAGCUCUGUGCCAGCGAUGAGCAGCACAACCUCUGGGAAAAGAUUGACCAGACACUUAGUAGUCCUGCAGACGUUGAGCUGGCGUUUCCCUACGGGCACACUGGCUCCGUUAUCUAACAAGGCUUCAUAGUCCACGACAGGAGGAUGAGGCAGCUGCUUUCUCACUGCUCACCUGAUGCAAAGCCAGCUUAAACCUACCUGUUGUCUCUAGACUGGACCUUUGGGCCUGUGCCAGCAUGCACUGUUGUCAGGCCUGCCUGAGACUUGGUUUGUGGUUAAUCUCUUCAGGGCAAGUGUCAAUGCUGAAGCUUUUAGCCCAGGAAACAUCAUCGGGGGGACAAGCCUAGAGAAGGGAGGAUGCGGCCCCAGAGCGGGACACAGCUUGGGCUGUUCUGUAACCAGGGCAGAGAGUUUCAGAAGUUAGUUAGCUGAAGGUUGGCUGCUUGGAAGGUUGUGUAAACCAGGGGAAGUUAGGAUCUUUUCAAACAGAAAAGACUCUCCAGCUGUCCAGGUCAGACCACUGCUGCUUGGAGAGGGAGGGCAAGAGCCCUCGGGCUGUGUGGAGCUGGCACGUCAAACACCUCUUCCUCUGUUAGCGAUUAAAGAAGCAGCGUUAGCAACAAGGGCAGCUGGCAAACUGGUGACGCAAGGCACUGGGCGCUGUCAGCUUCUGUGUGCCUGAGAAUCAUUUGGUGACACAAACCCAGCAGCCAGAACCGCUCCCCUCACACCGCCCUAGGCCAACACUGUUUGAUUUCAAAGGCAUAAAUAAAGACCCUGCCCUUGUUUGCACCCUG